UGUACGUCAAUAUAUUUGGUAAGCAAUUUCCUUCCUUAUGUUCAUUUUCGUCAAAGACGUCAGCUUGUGCAGUUUUGUGCUUUGUUCUUAAAUUCAACAUUUACGAGUCCCUAAUUACAAAAACCUUGCAUCAAGAUGGUUAGGGAGAACAAAGCUGCUUGGAAAGCGCAAUAUUUCCUUAAAGUUGUUGAACUCUUCAAUGAAUACCCGAAAUGCUUUAUUGUGGGCGCCGACAAUGUCGGUUCACGUCAAAUGCAGACCAUCCGCAUCAGCCUGCGUGGCAUGGGCAUAGUUUUGAUGGGUAAAAAUACAAUGAUGCGCAAAGCUAUUCGUGGUCAUCUUGAAAGUAAUCCACAACUGGAAAAAUUGUUACCUCAUAUUAAAGGUAAUGUGGGUUUCGUGUUUACCAAGGGUGAUUUGGCUGAGGUACGUGACAAGUUGCUGGAAUCCAAAGUGCGUGCUCCAGCUCGUGCUGGUGCUAUUGCUCCUUUACCGGUAGUAAUUCCAGCUCAAAACACCGGUUUGGGCCCAGAGAAGACAUCAUUUUUCCAAGCCUUGUCUAUACCCACAAAAAUUUCUAAAGGUACCAUUGAAAUUAUCAAUGAUGUACCUAUUUUAAAGCCUGGUGAUAAAGUGGGAGCUUCUGAAGCCACUUUACUUAACAUGUUGAACAUUUCACCCUUUUCUUAUGGUUUGGUCAUUAAUCAAGUCUACGACUCUGGCUCGAUAUUUUCUCCGGAAAUCUUGGAUAUCAAACCUGAAGAUUUGCGUGCGAAGUUCCAGGCUGGUGUAGCCAAUUUGGCUGCUGUAUGUUUGGAAGUCGGCUAUCCAACCAUAGCUUCAGUUCCUCAUAGCAUUGCCAACGGCUUCAAGAACUUACUAGCUAUUGCGGCCACUACAGAGAUCGAAUUCAAGGAAGCUGCUACCAUUAAGGAAUACAUAAAAGACCCGAGCAAAUUCGCUGUAUCGGCUGCUCCUGUAACUGUCGUCGCACCCGUUGAAGAGAAAAAAGAGGAGAAAGAGGAAUCCGAAGAAGAGGAUGAAGACAUGGGUUUCGGAUUAUUCGCUGAUUAAGAAACCAAAUAUGCUUAUUAUCAUUUGAAGAUUACGACUUGCUUUCUUCUCUUUCCCGUUUUCCUGAACGAAAAGUAAACUCUCUAACGAUCCAUGUGCAAAAGUAGCAAAUAUUUGCUGCGGUUCUUGACAAAACCCAUAGCAAGUUGUUACUUUCACCAUGCUAUUAGUUUUAAGAAGAAAAUAAAAUCGUAAUUUU